CUAAAUAAACAAUGACGUGAGUCCAUUCUGUGAGAAAAUUGUCUGAAGCUGCUCGACUGCUCGACGUAUGCUGAUGUGUUUACACCAUUUUACUUCUCUGGUGCAUUCUGGUGCUGCCAAUCUGCUAAUCGGAGUGACAGGGUGGCUUGGUCAACCCCACGGCCACAGUCGGUGCGAUGAAUUUGUCAUUUUGCCGCAGCUGCGCCUUCUGCAAAGAGGCAAUUUCCUUGCAGGAUUGUUAGAUUUGGAGACGAGGUUCCCUUGUGCUUCCCUCAUAUUUCCCUCAUCAUGGCGUGGCAAGUCUUUUUUCUAUGCUCCGUGGCAGCUUCUGCUCAUGUGGAACCGGAGCAGAUCCAUUUGGCCUUUGCAGGGCAGGAUGCUUCUGGCUAUCCCAGUGGCAUGACUGUGUCCUGGUUUUCGAGGGACGAGCCAAAGGAUAGCACUGUGCAAUAUGGCCUCUCAGCAAGUCAACUGGACCAGUCUGCUACAGGUCACGUGAAGCACUACAUGAGGAAUGCAGGCUUCCAUUCUCACGUUGAGAUAUUGAAUUUGAAGCCAAGCACCAUGUAUUUCUACCGUGUUGGUAGCUCCAAAGAUAGCAAAUGGUCCGAGGUGUGGAGUUUUGUGUCCGCCUCGCAAUCUGCAGAUGCAAGCUUCUCCAUGGCGGUUUUUGGUGACAUGGGUUGGGAAAGCAGCGUGGAGCGACCCAUGAUUAUCACUGCGCAUGGUCUGGAGAAGAAGUGGUCCGCCAAGGAGAGUCGUGCCACCUUGGAGAAGUGGAAGGAUGAAAAAUCCAUUGAUUUCAUUUGGCAUGUGGGUGACAUCGGAUACAUGGAUGAUUCUUAUGCGCAUUCUCCUCUGAGGUUUACAUAUGAGACUGCCUACAACGGAUAUUUGAACUGGCUUCAAAAUCUGACUGCAACCAUGCCCUACAUGGUCUCGCCAGGAAAUCAUGAGUCUGAGUGCCACAGUCCAGCAUGCGUGGUGGAUCCAUUCCUGGGUCGUGCUCUGAUGAACUUCACCGCGUUCAACCAUCGUUGGCAUAUGCCUUCCAGCAGCUGUGCUGGGCGCGCCAACAUGUGGUACAGCUUCAACGUUGGCCCGGUUCACUUUGUAUCUUUGAACACCGAGACGGACUUUCCUGGGGCAGAGGAAGCCAAAACAGGUGAUGGUCACUUUUCUUGGCUGAAGGCAGGCGGCUUUGGUGCUGAAGGAGAAUAUCUCCGAUGGCUAGAGGCUGAUUUGAAGGCUGCCAGGGAUGCUGGAAAGAAGUGGAUCAUUGCUGGAGGACAUCGUCCCCUGAUGCGGCUUAGUCACUCGGGGAUGAUUGAGUUGCUCGAGAAGUACAAGGUUGACCUCUACUUUGCUGGCCAUGCUCACAAGUAUUGGCGUGAUCCUCCAUCAGCCGAUGUCAAUGCAUCCGCAAAAUUCUACAAGGACCCCAAGGGCUACAUCCAAGUCGUGGCCGGUGGUGCAGGUUGCGAUGAAAUGGCCUUUAAGGUUGCACCACAAUGCCCUGCAGGUGAGGGAACUUGUGUCCGCAGCGAGCAGACUCCAGAUGAAGACCCAGCGAAGACCUCGCAACUCAACCCAGUGUACGCAACCGAUGUCUAUUCCGUGGGACGUUUGAAUGUGAAAACAUCGGCGUUGCAUUUUGAACUGAUCGAUUCCAAGCAUGGCCAGCUUCUGGAUGAGGUGGUUGUAACGAAGACGGCAAGGGCAUCUUUGACACAAAACCUGGUCUGAUCGCAAUUCAUGCUGGACAUGUGCUGGAACUCAGCACACGUGCCUCCUGCCUAGUCUGGACUGGUGACUGGCACAUUUGAAAGC